AUGAAGCUUGAGGAAAUACAAAGAGGAGUUCAGUUAGGUUGUUGGUUUUGCAGUGUUAUCCUCACAGGCAUCAAGAACAUGCCGAAUUGGGACCCAACCAAGCCUGCGCCGAACCGAAUCGACUUUCAUAUCCAAAGAUCAGAGUCCGGAAUAAAGAUAGAGGCAAUGGGAGAAUUCCGCCGUCGCGUCCCAGAGCCUAGCCUUUUGUUUUAUGUGGAUGGUCAGAAAGGCAAAAAUAGUCUCGCCUUGCAGAAGACUUCAAGGGCUCUGCAGAAUUGUCUUGAAAACCACUCAUGCGCGCCUAAGCCAAACCAAUUCAUGCCCACGCGUCUCAUUCAGAUACGGAUCAUCAACGAUCAGUAUGCUGCUUUCCUUGUUCAAGGUGUGGACCUAAAACCAUAUGUCACUCUAAGUCAUUGUUGGGGUCCAUCUUUUCCUCCGUGGGCAAAGACGACUGAGUCAAAUUUGGAGUCUCGUUUAUCGUCAGAUGGUAUCCCCUGGGAAGAGCUUCCGCAAACCUUUCGGGACGCUAUAAUCACUACCAAACGUCUCGGAUUCGAGUAUAUCUGGAUCGAUGCGCUUUGUAUCAUACAAGACUCUCCUGCUGAUUGGGAGGCUGAGGCGAUGCUCAUGAGUGAAGUCUAUUCGUACGGCGCAUUGAUGUUGAGCUCCGACGCAUCUCCGGAUACCAACACUGGCUUUUUUCGAUCUGCAAGUAUGACAGCACUCCCGUGGUCGGUACCUGGCCAUGGAAUUCCAAUCAAGGCCCGAUUCAAUUUGGUCCACAAAACAUAUGGGCAGAUGCCGAGUAUGUAUAAUCCUUUUGACCAGUCCUACAUCGACCCCCUGUCGACCAGAGCAUGGUGCUACCAAGAAGGUCGUCUCGCACGACGCGUGGUACACUUCUCGGUUGAUGAGGUAUCCUAUGACUGCGUUGAUGGUGUCGAGUGCCAUUGUGGUCACUAUGGUCCUUCAGGACACACAUACGGAGUUAACAGUUGGUACAAGACGCUUCCCGACAGUGUCUGUACCAUGAAUGCGAAGCAUACACUUUGGUUGAAUACUGCCACGAUGUAUGGCCAAAGAAACUUAACCUUCAUGGCCGAUAGAUUUCCCGCAAUUUCUGCACUAGCAAGGCAGUUCUGGAGCCCCGUUACGAACUCUAUUGAAGCUGAGAGCUCCUCAGUCGAGACGGAAUCCAACUUCAGGGAAAUCAGCCUUGGAGAUUAUGUGGCAGGAUUCUGGUCCAAGUUCUUGAUGGGAGAUCUCUUCUGGUAUGCAGACUACUGUCCUGGAGUUCGAACAUCUACCACCUCUACCUAUGUUGCGCCUACGUGGUCCUGGGCUAGCGUCACCGGCGAAAUUUCCUGGGGAAGUACAGGUACGCUCGACGCCGUGCUCGUCAGCGCCCAUCAUGUUCUUGCCGGUCCGGAUCAGUUCGGCCGGAUAACGCACGCAGAACUCGUUCUUAAAGCGAAGCUUGUUCCUGUCAGUUUAUCCUGGGUAAUCGCCUAUUACAAACAGACUAAGGAGAUCUACAUGGACCUCCAAUGUCGAGACCCGAGCAGUGGGAGUCAAGCAUGCUUGGGAGCUUACAGGCCAGAUCAUUUCGCCCCUGAGCCAGGUGUUAAGUUCUAUGGUGGCUUCAUCUACAAUUUGGAGCAUCCUGAAGAGGUGCCCGCUGAGACCAUUCCGGUCACAGAUGGCAAAUACUUUGCUUUGCUCCACGGAGAGACAGCUGUUAUAAUCAUCAAAGCUAUCGAAAAUAAAGGCUCUAGAGUAUAUGAACGUGCGGGAACGGUACAUUCGCAUCGAACAAUGGAUUCCGGUGAUAUGCGUAAAUGGUUUGAGGGAGCCGAGCGUCAGGUGGUAAAGAUUAUAUGA